AUGGCUCGGCCAAAGGUUGCGCUGAUCACAGGUGGAGCCAGUGGAAUGGGUUUAGCCGUUGCAGAAACCCUGUCAGCUCGUGGCGACUGGAUAGUGCACAUCCUGGACGUUAAUAAAACUCGAGGAGAGCAAGUAGGCCGUGACGUUCCCCGAGUUUUCUUCCACCAGGCUGAUGUUACCAAUUAUGGGAGCCUCUCCGAAGCUUUCAAAAGCGCCUUUUCCCAUGACAGCUGUCUGGAUUUCGUUUUUGCAAACGCUGGCAUAAUUGAGCGAACCAACUUUUAUGCUCCGCAUCCAACUGAUGAGAAUUUUUCUGCCCCUCCAGAGCCAGAUCUCCUGUCAAUUGAUGCAGAUCUCAAGGGAGUGAUUUUCACAACAUAUUUGGCCCAGCACUACUUCCGCAUCUCAUCUCAUGGGAGACUCGACGCUAGCAUAGUGAUGACCGCAAGCUGUGGUGGGCUUUACCCGUCAUUUUAUUCCCCGCUCUAUUCCGCCGCAAAAUUCGGGGUAGUAGGAUUUAUGCGAUCAAUUGUCCAUUCCUUCGGCACGAACGGAGUGCGCGUGAACGCUAUUUGCCCAGGAAUCGUACGCACCAAUCUAGUCGACAAAGUAGGAUGGAACAGCUUCCCACAAAACCGCUUCAUUGACCAGGAAAUAAUAUCUCAAGUUGUUUUACAGCUUGUAGAUGGCGGCAAACAGGCGGGCCAGGGCAUGACUGAUACCAAAGGUAGAUAUUUUCCAGCCUCAAAACUGGCCGGCCUUGCGGUAGAGAUCUCAGACGAAGGCGUCUAUUUCAGAGACCCACAUGAAUUCUGUGACGAUGGAAUGCGAGAGGUAAUGACGGCGACUGUACUUGAAAAUCAGGUCGGGGGUAUUCUACAACAGAACUAG